CGCUUGCCCGAUACGGCCUGCAUGUUUAGCCAGAAUUGCUGACCGUAUAAUAGCAAUAAAACAAUUUCGAGAUAUCGAGAUAUGCGUCGUCCAAGUAUGUAAUAUAUCGUUGAGUGCUGUAGGCGGUGACGAUUUCUGAAGCGUAUAUAACAAUGGGGCUUCUCAAAGUUUCGCCGCUGAUGAUCGCAGUACUUUCCCUGUUGUUUCUGAAUUUCGCCGAGUGCGCCGAUAAUGCCGAUGUCAGAUCGAGUGCGAGCCCGGAGCUCGACGCGAGUGAGAACGCGACGUCGACCUUCCUAAAUUUCGGUCAGAAGGCGAACGGGGAUCAACGAUACUGGUACGAGCAUCUGGACGACACCGACAGAAUGCUGAAGAGCAAGGCAGAUAUCCUGUCCCGCCUGCUGAAAAUGCACAUAGAUCGACUGCGAAAUCAAACUGAUCAGGUGGAACUGGUGUUUCUGGUGGACGCAUCCGGUUCGGUUGGCGCAGAGAAUUUCCGCAGCGAGCUGAACUUCGUGACGAAGCUGCUGUCGGACUUUACGGUGGACGCAAUGUCUGCACGGGUCGCCGUGGUGACUUUCGGCGGUAAAGGCAACAUAUACCGUAACGUCGACCAGAUUUCCCGACACGGGCCGAACGAUCACAAAUGUUACUUGCUGAAUAAACAAUUCAAUAAUAUCAGUUACAGCGGCGGAGGAACUUACACGCGAGGCGCGCUUCUCGAAGCGCUAGCGAUUCUCGAAAAAGGCCGUGACACGGCAAACAAAGUGGUGUUUUUGAUAACCGACGGCUUCAGCAACGGUGGUGAUCCACGACCCGCAGCCAAUCUUGUGAAGAAUACAGGCGCGACGGUAUUUACAUUCGGUAUUCGUACAGGAAAUGUGGAGGAACUGCACGACAUCGCUAGCACGCCCGGAUAUACGCACAGCUACCUGCUCGAUAGUUUUGCGGAGUUCGAGGCGUUAGCGCGACGCGCUUUGCAUCGCGAUCUAAAAACCGGACAGUACGUAUCCGUGACUCUACCAACCGAUUGCAACAGUCUGUGUCAGGAGGCAACAAAUCAAACUUGUUGUGACGAUUUAGCGACCUGCACCUGUGGUACCGCGACCGGACAUUACGCCUGCAUCUGUCCACCCGGUUACUUUGGUUCCGGUCUUAAAGGCUUUUGUCAACUUUGUCCAAACGGUACGUACGUUUCUGGAGACACUUUCGGCGAUUCCACUGCCGUGUGCAUACCCUGCCCAGACGUGAACCACGUUACUAUAAAAAUUCCUGCGACUUCGGUGACUGAUUGCGUAUGCGCCUCUGGUUUUAUUACAGAUAGUUCCAAAUGCGAAGCUAUAACAUGCCCGAAGCUGAGAGUUCCGGACAACGGGUACUUGGUGAAGGCAAGCGCCUGCAGCAACGUGGUACACGCGGCAUGCGGUAUAAGGUGUAGAAUCGGCUUUCAUCUGACGGGUGACAGCAUCCGGCUUUGCGGGAAGGACGGCGCUUGGUCCGGAAACGAACCACAAUGCUUGCUGAAGACAUGCCCGGCUAUUCGCGCGCCCGUGCACGGCCACGUAAAAUGCGAGCACGACGGGGACUACCAGCACCAAUUCAAGGAGGAUUCCACCGUUUAUCCAAUCGACACUCGUUGCCAGUUCGAGUGCGAUGUAGGCUAUCAGCUUCGCGGCAGUAAAGUGCGCAACUGUCUACCCUUAGCCCGCUGGGACGGCUUGAAAGUCACGUGCAACGCUGUCAAGUGCGAACCUCUACCGGAAAUCGUGAACGGCGAUAUCCUUCCCGAGAUCUGCACCGGCCCGGCGAAGGUGCCGUUUGCUACCAGUUGCACGGUAACUUGCAACGAAGGCUUCGUCCUAGAGGGACCUUCCAAUAGAUCGUGCAAUGGACGUACAGGGCUUUGGUCACAGCGUCAUAUUAUUAACCGAUGUAUAGAUAACACGCCGCCGCUUAUAAAAUGCCCGAGUGACAUCGUCGUGGAAACCGCGAAGGGCCAGAACUACGCAUACGUAAACUGGACGACACCCGUAGUGACCGAUAAUGCAGACGCAUCGCCCGCUUUGUGGACGAAACCGCACAUCGUUUUCCCGUGGAAGAUAAAGAUCGGCACGCGCAUUGUCGUAUACGUGACGCAAGAUGCGAGCGGCAACAAAGCCAGAUGCAAGUUCAAAGUUAAAGUCCUCGAUAGAGAACCACCGACAGUAGAGAAUUGCGUUGAUCCCCCAACGUUCUACACCGACUUUGAUAGUGGCCUUGAUAACAUAACAUGGGACGAGCCUGUUUUCUACGAUAACUCGAGAAUCUCAGUGCGAGUUAAUCAGAGCCACGAACCGGGCAAGAAUAUUUUUUCGAUCGGCCAAACGAAGGUCUCCUACAAUGCUACUGACAAAUAUGGCAAUGGAGCAACUUGCGCGUUGAAUAUUACAGUAGAAGAUGUAUGUAGAAACUUGACAGCACCGGCCAAUGGUCGGUUAAACUGUUCUUCGAUAGACGAUCGAGAAACACAGUGCAUUCUAACUUGCGAGGAUGGUUACGACUUCGCGGUUGAGUCAACGAGUUUCAACGUUGUCAACGAUGAAUUGUUGUUAAGAUGUAAUUCGAGCGGUCAUGUGUGGGAGGACAAUAACUUGCCGGAAUGUUUAGAAACGCAAGUACCGAAAACAAUAUCUCAGGAGGGAAAUGUAAUAUUGCAAGCGAAUGGAAGUGCACUGUGUGACAAUCAGACCACUCUUCGUGAAUUAACCGAUCAUAUUACUAAUGACUUGAAAUUAAAAUUGCUGGAUAUUUGCGGUAAUGAGAUCGAGUGCAGUCUAGUCAACUUCGAACCUGAAUGCGAAGACGAUGCUUUGUCACCGAAGAAUUUUGAGGAUAAUCUGAUAAGAAGACGAAGAUUCAAUUACGAUUAUAAUACGCAAACUAUGAAUAUUCUCAGAAAUAACAAAGCCGCAAUAUUUAAAAGAUUGAAACGUGCAACUAAAUUGAAUCCCAAUGACUUCAAUAAGAAUAAAGCUAAAUCCCAGCGAAAAAGAGAGAAGAUUGAGAUUAAAUUCAAGUUUAUUGGUAAAAUAAUUGACGAGAACUUUGACAACCCUAAACGCGGAGUGCAAAAGUUAAGAGAAAAGAUUGAGACAAUGACACAGUUGGGCAAGUUAGAUUUGCUUGAUAACCGAACUAAUCAGGAGAUCGCGAAGCUUGCUUUGAAUCUGCAUCUGGUGUUCAAGGAGCCUCAGAAUCUUUGCAGUCCUGGAAGUGUACUAAAAAAACAUGGUUGCGUACAAUGUCCCGCGGGUACGUUUUACAAUUCCACCACGAGGACUUGUCACCCGUGUCCGUUUGGGCAGUAUCAGAAUGCAACUGCUUCGCUAAAGUGCCAGUCUUGCCCGGAUCGCACGUUCACGAAGAGGAUGCAUGUGAAAUCUGCGAAGGAUUGUAUUCCUAUAUGCCGUCCGGGAUAUUAUUCCCGGCGUAAACGCUACCAUGGAUCGCGUUUAGCCAUGGAACCCUGCUCUGCAUGCGACAUUGGCUUUUACCAACCGAAUUAUGGACAAACUUUGUGCUUGCCUUGUCCAUUUAAUACGACGACCGAGAACCGCGGCUCUGCAGCUAUCAAUGAUUGCCUGCCGUUACAUGAUACAGAAAUCGAUGACUGUCGAACGGACGUGUGCUCAAAUGGAGGUCGAUGCGUGCAAGAUGAAACUGGUUUUGUUUGCGAAUGUAACAAAUAUCAUGUGGGAUCAAAGUGCGAAAAAUUCAAAGAUCCGUGCGGUUCUUCGCCGUGUCUAAACGAGGGAGUGUGCAAGGUACGACAGCAUCCCAAUAACUCUAUCACGUAUGAGUGUACGUGCAAAAGCAGUUACAUGGGUGUCAACUGUGAGAUUUACGUGGAUGAAUGCUUUAGCAAUCCUUGUCAAAAUGACGGUCAGUGCGUGAGUACCGAGAGUGACUUCAUUUGCAAUUGCAAGGACGGAUUCGAAGGGCAGUUUUGCGAAAUUCCGAUGGACCACUGCGAGCUCAUGCCAUGCGAGGAAGGAUCUACGUGUCGCACCGUAAAUGGAACCUGGCGAUGUUUCUGCAAACCCGGAUUCCUGGGGCGUCAUUGUAAUCUAUUACCCUGCGACUGGUUACCGUGUCACGCGAACUCGAUUUGCGUUAAUAUCAAAGAGGAGAACGCAACGCGAAAGAGUUACAGAUGCGAAUGUCCUGAGGGAUAUAAAGGGGAAGAUUGUGCAGCCAAGAUUAAUUACUGCGAUAGCUCACCUUGUUUAAACAACGGGAAUUGCAUAAAUCACGUUCAUAACUACACUUGCGACUGUCACAUCCCUUUCACAGGACGCAACUGCGAAGUUGAGUUAUCAUCUGAUUAUGUGAUGCAUUUCACAAAAUCCGGCACAACGGACUAUGUCAUUACGAAAGGACCCGCGAGAGAUCUCUCUCAGUUAUCCGUCUGUCUGUGGCUGCAAUCGAUGGAUACUUUCAAUUAUGGUACAGUGUUGUCGUACGCGACAGCAUUCUACGAUAACGCUUUUACAAUAACAGAUUACAACGGAUUUGUUUUGUACGUCAACGGGGAAAAAGUUGUGACCGACAUUAAAGUCAACGAUGGCUACUGGCAUUUCCUGUGCGUUACUUGGGAGAGCGAGUACGGUUCCUGGCGAGUGUUCGUCGAUGGAAUACUUAAAGACAGUGGCGUCCGUCUAGCUCGGGGAGCUAUUGUUCAAGCCAAUGGAUCCCUCGUUGUUGGGCAAGAGCAGGAUCGCCUAGGCGGUGGUUUCUCCGAGUCGGAGGCUUUCCUGGGGAAGCUCGGUUUGCUGGAUAUGUGGGAUAUCGUGCUGGACGAGGACAACGUAACAGCGUUGUGGGACAGUUGUGAGAAAUAUCACGGAAACCUUGUCGCUUGGGCGCAACUACAGCAAUAUAUUCACGGUGACAUCGUGAUUUUAGGUAGCCUGUUUUGUCGUGGCUGUCCUUUACCUGUCGUACCGUUCAAAGGCAACAUUAACAUAAGCGAGGACUUCUCCGAAGUAACGUAUUACUGUGACAGCGGGUAUGCGAUUCGAUUUAAUGGUGAGGAACGUCAGUUUCUCAGAAGGAAAUGUCUCAAGCAUGGCCAUUGGGAAGGAUACGAUACACCAAUCUGUAUAAAAAUAAAUUGCGGCUUUCCCGGCUAUUUUCCACGCGGUCGCAUUCACGGCACGUCGUACUUAUAUGGUGAUGAAAUACAGUACUCCUGCGCGGAUGGCUACGAACUGCGAGGAAAUCCGCAUCGAAUCUGUAAUUCCGACGGCAAGUGGUUCGGACAGCCUCCAAUUUGCAUAGGAACGACAUGCAAAAACUUGCUUGCUCCAGAAAAUGGGGAUAUAGAAUACAUAUUGGAGGAGAACGAAAGGGAUGACAUCACGAUACUACAGGCCGGCCAGCAACUGGAAUUUAAAUGCAAUCCCGGAUAUCGUUUAACGGGCGAGAGAUAUUUGACCUGCUUGGAUACUGGUGUUUGGGAUCACGAAAGGCCCUCUUGCACGCCUUACGGAUGUCCGCCGCCGAAAGAAAUAGAGCACGGUUAUAUUGUCCCCGUGACCAACAAAUCAAACCGGAUUUUCACUUACGACCCCGAGGGAAAUACGAUUGACGAUUUUUCCAGAAGAACCUACCAUUACGACGACGUUAUUGCGAUCUCCUGCCAUCGCGGCUACAAAUUCCAUGGAAAUGGCAAUUUUUUAACGGAAUUCAAAUUGCAGUGUUCCGGCAACGGUACCUGGACGGGUACCGUUCCUGAUUGCAUCCCACGUGUGUGUCCUUGGCCAAAUCGCGUGGAAAGUGCAAGAAUCUAUCUAAAAAGAAAGGAUAAUGCUACAAUCGAAAUUCCUAUGGAGAGAAAUGGGAUAUCGGAGUCCGAUGGUGCAGCGAUGGAAAUCUUUCCAGACGUGUUCACUUCCGGCGCAGAAAUCAUCACUGUCUGCGAUCCAGGGUACCAAUUAGUCGGAGACAAAGUCAGAACGUGCACCGAGCGGGAGAACUGGUCCUCGACUUCCACGUUUUGCGAGCCUUAUAAUUGUUCCCUCGAGGAUCUUUCAAUCUUUAAAGUUUUUAGAGGGAACAAGACUAUCUUUUCUCUCAGAAACGACACAAACAUCAUAUCGAUUGAAUCCGAUGGGAAAUUGUACGAUAUAGAAAAUAUCACGGGCACGUACAAGAACUUCAAGGUAUUCGUCGAAGGAAAUGCUUACGGGCAACGAAUAAUUCUUACGUGUAAAAAUAACAUGCAAAUGAAUUUGAACAAAUUAAUCAAUGAGACAAUCCUGAAUGUAACAUGGACGUGUAAUAAAGCUGCAAAAUGGGAGAUCUUGAAUUUAUCAUUACAAGGAUUUGAAUUCGAGCAACUUUUUAAUGAUUCGAUGUAUAUUUGCGAUAAAUCGUGUGCACCUCCGGAGGUACCCGAAUACGGAUAUAUCGAUGACAAUAAGAAUACUGACAACAUUAAUAAUCGCAAAGCGAUGAACAGUGUCAUCACUUUCAAAUGUCGCCACGGAUAUGUGCUCGAGGGUAACGAAGAAUCUACUUGCUUAACAAACACUACAUGGUCUGCUAUACCUUUUUGCAGACCCGUAACAUGCGGAGAACCACCGAUCGUAGCUAAUGCAAUGCUGAAGAACGAUGUCGGUGGAACUAAGAAUCUCACUUUUGGUAAUAUGAUCUCUUAUCAAUGCAUUCCGGGAUAUCGCAUAUUUGGGCAAGCGAAUCUAAGAUGUUUAGGAAGUGGAAAGUGGUCCAGAAUGACUGGUAGAUGUUCGAAAAUAUCAUGCGGCAAACCACAAAUCCAGCAUGGAAUAGUACUUCAUGGACGUUCCUACUUGUUUCAAGAUCAAUUGACUUACGUAUGUCCUAAUGGCAGAACACAGGGUAUGAUCGUGUGUCGAGCCGACGGGAAAUGGAGCGAGUUGCCAAAAUGUAACUAAAGCAAGGCACAUUCACGUCGCACUUCAGUCACGCUUCAGAGCUUCAGUGCAAUGUUUGAAUGA